AUUUUGUAUAUAUUUUCGGAGUUUUAAUUUUAUUUAAAAGUGUGUAUUGUUCUUGCUCUUACUUACUUACUUACUUACUUACUUAUAUGAUUUGUUAUACAGAGCUAGAUGCUAUAAUUUAAAAUACUGCGUGAAACUGAACAGCCAAUGUUAGGGUGGAUCAUCCAUACCACACGCUCCUGAAACAUUUAAGUUACGGUUGCAAUAUACUACAUUUGGCUAACUAGCGUCACAUGUAAUAUAUUCUCUUUCGUCUGUUAACAAUGUCAUUGUGCGUGUAGCUAGUUAGCUAUAGCUAAGAAAGCAGCGUGCGACGUGCGCGUCAACGCAUACUUGCGUAGAAACUCUUUUGCCUCUGUCUUUUAAACGCUUAUAAGAAAUAUGUAACUAAGUAAUCAUUCUUUGUAGCUAGACAAGGUAAAGAUACUACCAUAAAUCAUAAUGAACUCAAAGUCUUAUAGCUAGCAUAGCUAGAGCCAACCCUCCUGCUAGAAAUUUUCAUUAUCAAAAAUAUCAUUAUUUUAUUUAGCUAGCUACAUAGCUACAUAUAACAAAAAGACAAAACUUGGUAAACUUGUGGCGCCGUAGAUUAGUGGUUAUAGCUCUCGUACUCUGUGCGGGAGACCAGGGUUCGAUUCCUCUUGACGGCGAUUCAACAUGGGCGAGUGAAUGUUACCAUAGCCCCGGGUUAACCCAAGCCAUGUGAGGGAAAUUGGGAAGAUGGCACACUGUGUGGGCCGUUGGAUGUUGCCGGGAGUUGUCUAGUAGAGCGCGGGCUCUAAUUGGGUCUGCGUAGCUCAAAAUGAGCAUUAAAUACUCUAGGACUCUCCAUCUACGCCAUGGCCCCUCCUGGAAAUAAUAGACAGGGUAUAUCCCUCGAUAUUUGUGAGGCUAGCCAUGUAAAAUAUGCACAUCUAUCUAUCUAUCUAAAUUUUCAUUAUCAAAAAUAUCAUUAUUUUAUUUAGCUAGCUACAUAGCUACAUAUAACAAAAAGACAAAACUUGGUAUUAAAUGUGAAAUUAAAGUCUCAAACACUCAAUCCUUGCUUGAAAAACAGUAUGUUUGCCUGCCUAUAUGUUACACACAAAGUACAGCCUUUUUCCCAGGGAUUAUUUUCUUCUCUUUUUUAUUAAAAGCAUCUUCAAGAGCUUGUGGAUAGAGCAGCUUAUCCAGAAAGUACCUAUUUUGGAUAAAACCUAUUCCAUUUUUUUCUUUUAUAACAACCUCAUUAAUCGCUGUAGUUCCCAAUAAAAACACAAACUUGGAGUAGAAAAUUUAUUUAAAUUUUAUAAGAAUAAACUGAGGAUAAGUUGGCGGAAUCGGGUGAGGAUGCUAGGCUGGAGAGAAGAUAUUGUCUCAAGCUCACGUGCGUGUUCCUAAUAAAUUCGCUCUUCUCCACUACAUCCCGGAGCUCUUCUCCUAGUAGUGUUCGCUCUUCUCCACUACAUCCGCAGCUCUUCUCCUAGUAGUGUUUUCUGGCUUAACUAAUCUCUCAAUCACAUUCGGAGCUCCUCUCCUGUGAUUCCAUUUCCUCUAUCAUACCUCACAAGAACCUACUCAAUGAGCUCUAGCUUCUUUUGCAUUUCACACCUGUUAUUAACCUCUUGGUGCCCCACCUCUGACUGUUAGCGCCGCAUCCCCCUGCUGUUAUUUCCCCAGUCAUCUGUCCUGCUCGCGUGGUACACCGUCAUUCAUCUCCUCGCACAUCUCUACACUUUGUGGCUGCCAAGCGCAGCCCAGCACCCCAACCAGUUAUAUUUAACACAUUGACAAAAUUGAGUAAAGUUGCCAAUUGCUUCCACCACUGGACUAAAACCUUGUUGGUCGUACUAAGCCAAACUGCGCCAAUUCAAGGAAACCGUGUAGCUAAAGCAAUUGUACAUCUCUUUACGCUCGACGACGUUAUGUAGCCUCGAUGAACCAGUUCGAUUGUAGAUAAUCCGUUAUCGUUCCAACAUAGUGUGGCGUUGAUGCAGGUGUGUCACAUAAAGAGAAAAUUAAAAUAAAGUUAACCAAAUAUAUGGGUGAGUGGGUUUGAAAAUUAUUUCAGUUAAGCAAGUUAUUGCUGCUACUGGUGAGAAGCUAAAUCAGAGUAACUCUCCCCUAUUUAUAGGGCCCCUGGAUUGUUGAUUGGCUAACUUAGAACCUCCUAAUAUGGACAGACUAUACCCAAACCUUUAGUCCCCUACUCUAAAGUAUCAAUAACAAGAAAGUUGCUUCAAGUUAUGACACAUAGCUUUGAUUUGGUUAAUUGAGAAAAGAUGCCUUGGGUGAGCAAGACAACCUUGUGUACCCUUAAUAAUGCAUCUGCAUAGCAACUAUCAAGUAUUGUGAACUGCAAUUAACAUGAGCCAUUAAAAAUUUGUUGAAUCUCUCAGGCUAGUACAACGAUUUUAAAUAAGGAAAACAAGUGAAGUAAGUUUUUUUUGAUUUCUUAUGCUUUUCUGAGUACGUAUAAAACAAAAAAGAAAAAAGUGAUUUUUACUGGAGUUCCCCUUUAAUUAAAUUAGUAAUUACACUGAAAUAGUCCAAGGUGGUCAGAGCUUAUAGCUGUAAAGCUUAUACUGUCCAUGUUCAUUGUAUCUUCUCUUAAGCUUUUAGAACCGUUGUAUAUAUAAGAUAUCUAAUGACAGUUCCUUAAUUUAAAGCUCUAGAUAACAAGUAGAAAAAUGAUUUUUAUAUCUUUGUGUUCAUUUUUCUUGUUAAUAAUGGUUUUAUGUUUUAUACGUGUGGCAUUUAUACUGCAGUCUUCAAACAAAGUAUCAGAAUACAAAUUACCAUUUUGUAAAACAAUGGUUGUUGUUGGAUCAGGUGGCCAUACUUCUGAAAUGAUGGCAUUGCUCCGAAACCUGUCAGAAAAGUUUACACCAAGAAUUUAUGUUUUUGCAGAAAGCGAUAGCACAAGUGAGAAGAGGAUAAAAAUAAUGGAAGAAAACAGGUCAAAAAGUUCACAACAUACAGUACUGCGAAUCAAAAGAAGCCGUGAAGUUGCGCAGUCUUGGUGUUCUACCAUAGUUACAACAAUUGUGGCUUGUUAUCAUGCUGUUUUUAUAAUAUGGAGACAACAGCCAGAUUUGCUCUUGUGCAAUGGGCCUGGCACCUGCAUACCAUUGUGUGGAGCAGUGUUUUUACUGAAGAUUUGCUUUAUCGUGAAGACUAAAAUUGUAUUUGUUGAAAGUAUAUGUCGUGUGAAGACACUGUCGUUGUCUGGCAAAAUAUUAUACUUAUUUGCUGACCGAGUUCUCGUUCAAUGGCCUGAACUUUCAGUUGCCUAUCCGAAGUCUGAAUUUAUCGGGCGUUUAGUUUAGGAGAUAGAAAUAAGCCGUUAUGUUGGAGAGGACACGAUGUGACAAACGUAUUUGAGAUCCCUAUGUAGAAACACACGACAACAAAAAUGAAGGGUCUGGAAAAACUGAUCUGUCUUUCGAUGCAACCACUUUAUUCAUUGUUUAUCAAAAAAAAAAAAACUUUACACACGAAAACUGGUACGCAGAUGUAAAGUACGAUAACCUUAAACGUAAAGUACAAAUAAUGUAUUUACUUGUGAUAAAAAAUUGAGUUUUAUAUCUAAUGAUGAUCAAUAUAAGUGGUUAUUUCUUUAGA